AUGUACUCGAGCCAGUUGAACAUUGAGCCCGAUAUGGAAGUUUCCUAUCAUUUUCAAGAAGAAGUUGAAGAUUUGAUUUACAAGCAUCGCGUUAACGUAAUGUUGGUCGGCCAUGAGCAUUCCUACGAACGUACCUGUCCCGUGUAUCGCAAGAAGUGUGUGGAAAACGGAAAGAGCACAGUCCAUCUUGUUGUGGGAUCCGCUGGAUUUCCCCUGGGGCCAGAUGGAUUUUCUUCAAAAUACGGGAACUACAGUCUUCGUCACGUGAAUGAGUACGGAUAUAUUCGCGUCACUUCGAGUCCAAACGACAUGCGCUUCCAGUUUGUGCUCGUCGAGAACGGUAACAUUUACGAUGAGUUUACCAUCACGCCCUGGGAGGACUCGUAG